CUCCUCCUCUCCCACUCUUCUUCCCUCUCUCCCACCAUCUCCUCCUCACACUCUUUGCACCAGCUCCUCCCCAUCCUUCACGAACUCUGUUUUGUCUUCCACAGAUCCAGUCAGCAAGGAUGUUGCUGAGCAGACCAGGACCAUCGACAGGAUUCCCAAGGCAGAGGCCAUUGGACCGGAGGCGCCGAGUUUGAUCCCGGACACUGAACGAGCUGUCUACCUGGAGCCGUGCUCUGCUAGAUCUCGGCGGAGAUCAGUGAAAGUACGUGGAAAACGCUCCCGCAACACCAGCAGCGAUGGCGGGAGCCGGAAAAGACAGAAGAAGGUGGAGCUGGGGUUUCCAAACAUCGGGAACACCUGCUUCAUGAACGCCACCCUGCAGGGUCUUUACAGUGUCCCAGACUUCUGCAGUGACAUCAUGACGCAGGAGGCCCUCUGGAGCCUCGAGGCAGAGACCUGUCUGCUGCUGCAGAGGAACAUCGGAGAGCUGUGCAAAACACGGCAGGGUCAGUGUGCCUCUAAAGACAAGAAGCAGCUCCUCCGCUUAAUCAAGAGCAGCUUGGCUGUUUAUAAUGAGGAGUAUCACGAUCGCUCUCAGCAGGAUGCUCACGAGUUCCUGAUGCUCCUCUUCAUGGGCCUGAAGAUGGAGGGCGAGGCCAUGGCCACAUCACCAGGCUACAUUUGUCCCACGGCGAAGUUUGAGUUCAAACUUCAGUGCGUUCGCACCUGCGCCAGCUGUGGAGACAAGGUCUUCCAGGAGGAGGAGCACAACAACCUCUCCCUGAACCUGUCCCCCUUCCUGGAGGACAGCCUCCGAUUCUUCUUUGAGGCAUCAGAGCUGGAGUGUACCUGUGGGAAGUGCCUUGGCCGCCAGGCCACCGUUAGGAGGAGUUUCCUCACUCUGCCCCGAGUGCUGGUGCUUCACAUGAAGCGUUUCUGCUACAGUGGGGGGCAGAUGAGGAGACUGGGAGAUGCAGUCGCCAUCCCUCCUGUGCUGUCUCUGACAUCUUCCAACAAAGAGCCCGUCUCACACACAGCAUCAGUUGAUGAGCUGGAGAGUUCAGGAGACACACAGACCUCACAGCUGGGAGCGUCUGUGAGCAACUAUCAUCUGUGUGGAGUCGUGUCUCACCUUGGGAGGAGCAUUGACUGUGGUCACUACAUCAGUGACAUCAUGGAAGGCGACAGCAGAGACUGGCUCACACUGAACGACGCCAUUACAACAAAAACAGAUGAGGCCACGGUCCUGGAAGAGCGUCAGGACACGGCUUAUAUCCUGUUUUACGUCCUCGGCUCUACCUGGAGCCGUGUUCCUCUGGAUCUCUGCGGAGGUAUCCCUUUUUCAGCAAGAAAGGGGUUCUCAUGGCAUCAUCUCACUCAGGGGAGACCAUUGACCGGUCACUACAUCAGUGACAUCAUGGAAGGCAACAGCAGAGACUGGCUCACACUGAACGACAAAAACAGAUGAGGCCACGGUCCUGAAAGAGCGUCAGGACACGGCUUAUAUCCUGUUUUAUGUCCUCGGGGGAGCAGGGGAGGGAGACCAUGCAUCCCUGUAGGACCCAGACUCAACAGGAGCAAAUGUCCCCGGAGCAGAGAUUCUUGUUGAGAGCGCCACACGGCCUCAUCCUGUGUCUUCGCUCAGAUGAAGAUCUCCUCACCGCAUCUCGCCCUCUUUUACUCCUCGCCUCAUGGCACUCCUGCCACGCGGACAGGAGGAGGCAGAGGAGAACGAGAGAGGAGCCUCUCCACCUUUCUCCACUCGUCUUUCUCCACUGGGGAGAAAGAGACAGGAGAAACCAGACAGGCAAGCGCCAGCUCUACCUGGAGCCGUGUUCCUCUGGAUCUCUGCGGAGGUAUCCCUUUUUCAGCAAGAAAGGGGUUCUCAUGGCAUCAUCUCACUCGGGGGAGACCAUUGACCGGUCACUACAUCAGUGACAUGGAAGGCAACAGCAGAGACUGGCUCACACUGAACGACGGCAUUACAACAAAAACAGAUGAGGCCACGGUCCUGAAAGAGCGACGGGGCACGGCUUAUAUCCUGUUUUAC